CCCCAACCUUCCACACCCUUGCAGUCUCUGCCUCUUCUUGUGUUGCUCCUCCCCUGGCAGCCGCGCCCGGGGUUUAGAUCGAAAGCCGGAGCGGGAGGUUGGCCUGGCCAUCCUGCGGGUCACCACUACCUCCUUUGGCUCGGGAGAAAGCUACGACCGAGCACGCCUGGCUGUCGCCGCUCGGGCCUUGGAGCUCCUGGGCUGGCAGUGCUGGUAGGCCCUGCUUAGCCCUUCCCCAAGGAUACCUGCAAAGUUUAGGGGGUUUAGGAGAGGGACGCACCAGUGUAGGCCCAAGUCGGGGGCGGGGCGCGGGAAACUUUCUGCAACUGUAGUGUUUUGUUUUACGUGGGCGGUUCCUGCAAUUUCUCUUAGAUAUCCCAGACUUCGGGCGGCCCCCAGGCUGCUGUACUUUUUGAAGAAUCUUAGGAUCGCUUGCUUUCCUCACUCGUUUUGUCUUCCUCGCAUCCUUCUCCCCCGUCCCCCGCCCCCCUUCUGCUUCCUCAAUUCAGGACCGAAAGAGGAAGAUUGUCUUGGGACUCCUGCAUGGUGUUUCAAAGGGUGGUGAAGAACUAAGGUAGAAGAAUACAUGCUCACUUUCAGUGAGCAAGAGCAUGUUCCCAAACUCAAUUUUGGGUCGCCCACCCUUUGCUCCAGAUCAUCAACAACAUAAUAACUUCUUCACCCUAUCGCCAGCUCUUUAUUCACACCAGCAGCUUAUAGAUGCGCAGUUCAACUUUCAGAAUGCAGAUUUGUCUAGAGCUGUGUCAUUACAGCAGCUGACAUAUGGAAAUGUCAGUCCAAUACAGACCUCAGCUUCUCCAUUAUUUCGAGGAAGGAAGAGAUUAAGUGAUGAAAAAAACCUUCCUCUUGACAGUAAACGACAGCGUUUCCAUUCACCCCACCAAGAGCCAACUCUAAUUAACCAGAUAGUGCCUUUAUCAAGUGAACGAAGAUACUCAAUGCCGCCAUUGUUUCAGACACACUAUGUACCAGAUGUAGUCAGAUGUGCUCCACCUUUUCGGGAAAUACCAUUUUUAGAACCUAGAGAAAUCACACUUCCUGAGGCCAAAGAUAAGGUAAAUCAGAAGACUGAAGCACGGCAUAUACUCACCUUAGUCCAUAAACACUUCUGUACUAGACUUUCUGGCUACAUUGAGAGACCUCAGCUGAUUCGAGCAAAAGUGCCAAUUGUGAAGUUCAGGGAUAAAGUCAGUUGUGUGGAGUUUGACUUGAAUGUAAACAAUAUUGUUGGAAUAAGAAACACAUUCCUUCUCAGAACUUACGCAUACCUUGAAAAUCGAGUUCGUCCAUUAGUGCUGGUGAUUAAGAAGUGGGCAAGUCACCAUCAGAUAAAUGAUGCCAGUCGUGGUACUUUAAACAGCUAUAGUCUUGUAUUGAUGGUUUUGCACUAUUUACAAACCCUACCUGAACCCAUCCUUCCAUCCCUCCAAAAAAUUUACCCAGAGUCUUUUAGUCCCGCUAUACAGCUGCACCUUGUACAUCAAGCUCCAUGUAAUGUUCCUCCUUACCUCUCAAAUAAUGAAUCAAAUCUUGGGGAACUCUUACUGGGCUUUCUUAAAUAUUAUGCUACAGAAUUUGACUGGAAUAGUCAAAUGAUUUCAGUUCGUGAAGCCAAAGCCAUUCCGAGGCCUGAUGGUAUUGAAUGGAGAAAUAAAUACAUUUGUGUAGAAGAACCUUUUGAUGGAACAAAUACAGCCAGAGCUGUGCAUGAAAAACAGAAGUUUGACAUGAUCAAGGAUCAAUUUAUAAAGUCAUGGCACAGGUUGAAAAACAAACGAGAUUUGAACAGUAUACUACCUUUAAGAACUGCUAUCCUGAAAAGAUAACUGGCCUCUAUUUCUUAAUAAUUCUUCCAAGAAAUAAGGAAUCAUAGUUACAUUAUAAUGCAUUUUGUUUACCUCCAUCAUGGUUUCUUUUUCAUUGUUCUUCUUGUUUUCAUGUUUUAUUUUUAAAAA